AUGAAGGGAAUCAUCAUUGCCAUUGCAGUGCUGGCCAUGAUUCAGCUCAUGUUUGAGCCAGGACAAGCUCUUACCUGUGGUCAAGUGGACGCUUCUUUAGCACCAUCUGACAAAAGGGCAGCUUGCAAUUGUGUCAAGGCUGCUGCUAAUAGGUACGCGAACCUUAAAGACGAUGCAGCUCAAGCUCUUCCCACCAAGUGUGGAGUCACUAUGGAUACCCCUAUCUCCAGAACUGUUAACUGUGAUAU